AGUUGUCGUCAUAUGCGCGCGACUAUUUACAUUCCUACAAACCUGCUGCAAACACGUCCCCCAUGGCUCUGUUUCCAGCUUUUGCGGGAGUAACAGCUAACAAAGUCGACGAUACGUCAAAAGAAUUGGACUGGCUGUCCAAUAAGAGUUUUCAGCCUGAUGAUGCCGUAUUUCUUCACCAGCGGACUUUAGAGAGGACUAGCAAGAGGCAGACCGAAAAGGAAUCGAGUCUAGGCAAAGAGCUGAGCUCAGAGGAGGAGGAAGAGGAAGAGGAAGGUGAUGUGCCACCUAAAAAGAAGAAAAAGAAGAAAGAAGAGAAGAAGAGAAAGAAAAAAAAGAAAAAGCAUAAGAAGAGGAGUGGGAGAUCUUCAGACAGCAGUGGCUCAGACUCGGACACCGUCUACCCUAGUGACCUGAAAAAGGAGCAGGAGAAGGACAGGUCCCAGGCUGCUCCAUUAUCCAGUCGUUUCUUCUGGCUGGACGACCUCCAGUCUCCCACAGAGCAGCCAUUCUGUUUGGACCGAAAACCAGACCCUGCCAACUGGACAUACAAAUCCCUGUACAGAGCGGACAUAGCCAGGUACAGGAGGAAAGGCAGCUCGUCACUGGGUCUGGACCGUCACACCCAGGAAGUCAGCUGGGAGGAGUCAGAGCCAAACAAGAAAAACAAAGGUGGGGACAAGAAGAGAGCGGCCGACCGCUACUUCUCUUCAGCCAACCGCCAGCUGCUGCGGUCCGAGCCCACCGUGCCAACAUUACCCAGGAUUCCAGACUGCACUGAUGUCACCGUCCCAACCUCUUUCCUUUCUCUGGGUGACGAGCAGGGAAAGGGUGAGGGGGAGACAGGUCAGAAAGUGCAGACAUCGUCAGUCAAUCCCCUUCGUGUGUAUGACGCCUCGACUGCACUCUGGCUGCAAGGGAAGGGGCUGCAGGACCAGACUGACGUCCAGGAUCAGCAGGCAGGGCAGAGCACCGCUCCUCUGGCCGGGAGAACAGAAGAGUUUAACAGGCGGCUCAGAGAACAACCAGCAGACACUCAGCUGUGGAUCGAAUUCAUACGAUACCAAGAUGAGCAGUGUGCAGCGAGCUUUGGAGGUGAAGGGGAGCAGCAGGGCGAUGUCGCCGAGCAUCGCAAGUCUUCCUACCGGGCCAUAUUGGAGAAAAAGCUGAGUAUCGUGGAGCGCGCUGUGGCUGCCAACCCCUGCUGCAUAGCCCUGCACCUGGAGAGACUCAGGAUCUGCCAAGAGCUGUGGGAACCCUCAGUCCUGGCUAAAGAAUGGAAGAAACUGGUGUUCCUCCAUCCAAACAGUGCCCCCUUGUGGAGGGAGUACCUGCUGUUUACACAGAGCUACUUCAGCACCUUCACUGUGUCGAAGGUCAACGCUGCGUACGGGAAGUGUCUGAGCACGCUGAGUGCGGUGCGUGAUGGCAGCAUGGUGUCUCAUCCUGCCCUGCCAGGCACUGAGGAGGACAUGCUAGAUAUCUUCAACCAGCAGUGUCAUUUCCUGCGUCAGUGUGGUCACUCAGAGAAGGCAGUGUCUCUGUUUCAGGCUCUGAUCGACUUCACCUUCUACAAACCUGACAGCGUACGAGACCUGCCCACCAAGCAGCAGGUGGAAUUCUUUGAACCGUUCUGGGACAGUGGGGAGGCUAGGGUUGGGGAGGCCGGGGCCAGAGGCUGGAAAGCCUGGAUGCUCCAGCAGGAGAGAGGAGGGUGGCUACAGCCUAGUGCAGAUGACGACGACGAGGAGGAAGAAGAGGAGGAGGAGGUGAAGGAUCGGAGCCAGCCCAGAUGGACAAUCUGGCUGGAUGUCGAGUCAUCUCGCGAAGCAGCUCAUUGGCUGCCCUGGAGGCCCAACAAAACCAAGGGCCAAUCAGAGGAGGACUGUGACGAUCCAGACAGACAGGUGUUGUUUGAUGACAUCGGACCGUCUCUAAUUUGUCUGUCUUCACCAGACCUGAAACUCCGUCUUCUUCUCCGCUUCUUGUCAUUCCUGGGUCUCCCUGUGGACUCUGUGCUCUCUGCUGCCCCCUGUCAGCCAGGCCUGCUGCUGGAAGAUCUCGCACUGCUCACUCAGGGCAAAGACCCCCAGCGACCUCUGACUUGCCAUAACCUAUGCCACCCAGGGGUCAACUCUGUGGGUCACAUGACCACUCUCCAGGGAACCAGGAAGCGGGCAGGGCUUGGGAAGCAGGGGGAGGGGUUUGUCACCAGUGUGUUCAGUAUGGUCCACCCACUCCUUCCUGCCCACCAGCAGGCUGUGCUGUCACUCAGCUGGAUGCAGUACGAGAAACUCAAGGUCAUGCGCUGCUUGCAUGGUGGCAACAAGAAGCGUCUCCGCUCUCAGGGCAAGAGCAGCAAGCGGGUUGCCAAGCGACUGCUCAAAGACGCGGACAACCGUUGGUCGCUAAGGCUGUGGCACGAAUACGGCCACCUGGAGUGGCUGCUCGGUAACGUUGACGAUGCUCGUAAAGUGUUCUCCACAGCAGCAGGGAUGGGAGGAGCCAAAGGAUUGAGCAGCCCCGCCCUCUGUGAGCUCUGCCUGCUGUGGGCCCAGCUGGAGGUGGAGGACGGAGGAAAAGAGAGAGGAGGCGGAGGACAGACUGAAACCACCACCUCCCCUGCUGUGUGUGUGUUAACCAGGCUAGCAGAGGGAACCUCCUCUUCCUCCUCACACUCCCUGUCCCCGGUCUCCAUCCUAAAAGCCAGGAAGGCAUAUGACCACGCUCUGACAGCCAGCCUACAUGCCCUGGGCCAAGAACUCCACAACUCUCAAGCAAACAGAAAAGGGCAAGAAGACACACUGGGAGAGGAGCUGAGGCUGAGAGGCCUGGUGGGCUGCUACGCUCUGUUCCAGUACCUCACCGUGGGUGUGCAGGCCGCUGACACCGUCUACAGCCAGGCCCGGGAGAGAAUGGAGGGGCUGCACCGCACACUAACACCAGACGAUGCCACACAGCCCAACAACAGCAAAGAAUCCAAACAUGCUGGCACUGAUGCUAACCACACAGACUCCAGGCUCUCUGCUGCCAGGCUAGCUUGUGAGUGUGAGGCGUUAGCAGUGCAGCAUGCAGCGUUGCUAAGAUACCACACCAGCACCAGCGUGUUUCCCCUGGCCACACUGAGACAGACGCUGACCUCUGCCCUCUCUGUCUGGGGAGGCAGUGCACCCCUCUGGAGCAUUUACAUCCAGGUGGAGAAUCAUUACCAUAGUGCCGGCCGAGCACGACGCUUUUUUCACUCCGUGAUCAGGGGCAGCAGCAGUGUGGUGCCACGCCUCUUUGCCAUUGUUGCCGAGCAACAGAGGAAGCAGCUGGUGGAUGCUGCUCAGAGGUCUGGUUGCGGUGAUGCUGCCCUGCCCAUCCUGCCAGAGAAUGGCCUUAGCAACCGUAUCCGGGGCCUGUUUGAGAACACCAUAGCAACAGAGAUGGGUGCUCACUGUCCGCUGCUCUGGAGGAUGUACAUGCAUUUCCUGGUUUCAGAGGGGAACGUGGAUAAGGCUAGAGGGAUCUUCUACAAGGCUUUACAGAAUAUUCCCUGGGCCAAGGGUUUGUACAUGGAUGCAGUGCGGCUGUUCCCUGAGCACUUGCAGGAGUUUGUAGAUCUGAUGACUGAGAAGGAGCUCCGCCUCAGGCUGCCUUUAGAAGAGCUGGAUAUUCUGCUGGAGGACUGAAGACAAACACACUCGCCAUUCAAGAGCCAACUUUCUCAUCCAUUUUGCUGAUGACAUGCCCACCUACUGUCUGGCACACUGGAUGGCAAGGACAGGACACUCGUACACACAAAGGCACAUCAACUGAGAUGUUUUUAGGCUAUACACACCGCUCAGAGAGUCAAAGAACCAUCGUGUCUACAUAAUGUCUGGAAAAAUGCUUUAUUUUUACACUAAACCACUGAUGGUGUUUUAGUACUUGUCAAUAAAACUGAUUCUUGCCUGGUU